GUUAAGCUUACUUGCCGAUGGACAUGAAGAACACGGCACUUUUAUGGAAUGGUCGGCAAAAUUGGACGAUUAUGAAAAGCUACUUCCGACACUCGGGAAUGAGAAAUGUGACCUGAGCAGGGCGGAAGUGCUGAAAACAGCGAGUCGACACUCGUGUUACUUUUCAAUCAGUGUCAUGGAGGAGGAGGUGGAGGAGGGAGAACCCAACCAUAGCCUCCAGCUAGAAACUUUCAUGUAGUUUACUGAUUAAAGGUUAUAAGAGCUCAUUGGGAAGACGGAGAUUACCAAGAGAUCAUCUGCUCAUUUAUUCUUUACUACAGAAACAAGUCAGAAGUCACAUUCCUAACAUUGGUGAGCAUGCUGCUCCGGAGGCUGUGUUCAAGGACCCAAGUGGACCCCCCAAAACUGUCCUGGAGGACCACCAGGACUCUGUCACAAGCUCCACAAGAGAGACCCCAUGGCAGCCCCUUUGCCCACCGCCGCGAGCUGCGCCACGCCAAGAGGAUCGUGGUCAAGCUGGGCAGCGCAGUGGUCACCCGCGGAGACGAGUGCGGCCUGGCGCUGGGGAGGCUGGCCUCUAUCGUGGAGCAGGUGGCCGUGCUGCAGAACAAGGGCCGUGAAAUGUUGAUAGUCACCAGUGGAGCGGUGGCCUUUGGCAAGCAGCGACUACGACACGAGGUCCUGCUGUCGCAGAGCGUCCGCCAGGCCCUGCACUCAGUUCACAGUCAGCUGACAGACAUGCAGUCAGUGCCGUUGCUGGAGGCCCGAGCCUGUGCAGCAGCAGGCCAGAGUGGACUGAUGGCCCUGUAUGAGGCCAUGUUCACCCAGUAUAGCACCUGCAUCGCACAGAUUCUGGUGACCAAUCUGGACUUCUAUGAUCACCAGAAGAGGAAGAACCUGAACAGCACCUUGCAGGAGCUAUUGCGCAUGAACAUUGUACCCAUCAUCAACACCAACGACGCCGUUGUGCCCCCGCCGGAGCCCGACAGCGACCUGCAGGGGGUAAAUGUGAUCAGCAUUAAGGACAACGACAGCCUGGCGGCGCGUCUCGCCGUGGAGAUGAGGGCCGACCUGCUAAUUGUGCUCUCUGAUGUGGAAGGACUGUACAACAGCCCCCCCGGAACCGAUGACUCCAAGCUCAUCGACACCUUCUAUCCCGGAGAUCAGCAGUCCAUCACCUACGGGACAAAGUCCAGAGUGGGGAUCGGCGGUAUGGAGGCCAAAGUCACGUCGUCCAUCUGGGCGUUACAAGGUGGCACCUCCGUGGUUAUCGCCAACGGCACCCAUCCAAAAGUCACCGGCCACGUCAUCACUGACAUUGUGGACGGGAAGAAAGUAGGCACAUUUUUUUCUGAGACUAAACCAGCUGGCCCGACUGUCGAGCAGCAGACAGAAACGGCCCGAAAUAUAGGAAGAAAGCUGGCAUCCUUGAGCCCGGAACAGAGGCGCGAGAUCAUCUACCACCUUGCAGACCUUUUGGUUGAAAGGAAAGAGGAGAUUCUCUCGGCCAACAAGAUGGACUUGGAGCUGGCAGUCAGUGCAGGCCAACUUCGGUCCGCCAUGCUAAGGCGUCUCAGCCUGUCGGCAGCCAAGCUCGACAGCCUGGCUGCGGGUCUGCGCCAGAUAGCGACCGCCACCCUGGACAGCGUGGGCCGGGUAUUGCGCAGGACCAGGGUGGCUCACAACUUGGAGCUGGAGCAGAUCACUGUGCCGAUCGGGGUUCUUCUGGUCAUCUUCGAGGCAAGGCCCGACUGUGUGCCGCAGCUGUCAGCGUUGGCCAUAGCUAGCAGUAAUGCACUGCUGCUGAAGGGUGGCAAAGAGGCGGCCAACACCAUCGGUGUCCUCCAUCAGAUCACACAGGAAGCCCUCACCGUGCAUGGAGUCAGAGAGGCUGUGCAGCUGGUGAGCUCCCGCGAGGAGGUGGAGGAUCUGUGCCGUCUGGACAAGAUGAUCGACUUGAUCAUCCCCCGGGGGUCUUCGCGGCUGGUCCGAGACAUCCAGCAUGCCGCCAAGGGCAUCCCGGUGCUGGGUCACAGUGACGGAAUCUGCCACGUUUACGUGGACGCGGAAGCAAACGUGGACAAAGCCAUCAAGAUCAUCCGAGACUCCAAGUGUGACUACCCGGCGGCUUGCAACGCUAUGGAAACGCUCCUGAUCCACUGUGACAUCCUCGGGACGCCGCUUUUCGACCAGAUCAUUGACAUGCUGCACGCUGAGAGAGUGAAGAUCCACGCCGGCCCGGAGUUGGCCUCCUACAUGAUGUUCAGCCCGUCCCGGGCCCAGUCCAUGCGCACUGAGUACGGCGAGCUGGAGUGCUGCGUGGAGGUGGUGGACAGCAUGCAUGAAGCUGUGCAGCACAUCCACAAGUACGGCAGCUCCCACACGGACGUCAUCAUCACGGAAAACGAGGAGACAGCCCAGCACUUCCUGCACCAGCUGGAUAGUGCCUGCGUCUUCUGGAACGCCAGCUCUCGUUUUGCCGACGGCUACCGCUUUGGACUGGGUGCAGAGGUAGGCAUCAGCACAGCGCGCAUUCACGCCCGCGGCCCCGUAGGCCUGGAAGGGCUGCUCACCUCCAAGUGGAUCCUUAGAGGCGACGGCCAGACGACGACCGACUUCUCAGAGCGAGGCACCAUGAAAUACCUCCACGAAAACAUAGACCCUGGCCAACAGUGCCAGCUCUAGGCUGUGUGUGGCUCUUAACAACAUUUUGUUUGUGGCUCCAUUUCAAUCAUUAGUAUCACAAAGGAAGUUCAAUUAUAUGAGUUGCAAAUGGAAUUGAAGGCUCCAAAUGUCUCUAUUUAUUAAAAAUAGAAACAAUCUAAAUUGACUUAACAUGGUUUGGGCCUUUCUGAUC